GUCUGGUACAUGGACGGCUACUACAAAGGUCGCCGCGUUUUGGAAUUCCGCACCAUGAACGACUUCGUGACGGGUCAGAACUUCGUGCAGCACCUCCUUCCGUGGGCCGGCACCGGCCACGUGGUCUUCAACGGGUCCCUCUACUACAACAAAUACCAGAGUAACAUCGCGGUGAAGUACCAUUUCCGUUCCCGGAGCGUUUUGGUUCAACGCAGCCUCGCCGGCGCCGGCUACAACAACACCUUCCCCUCCUCCUGGGGCUCCGACAUCGACUUCAUGGUGCACGAGAGCGGCUUGUGGGCCGUCUACACCACCAACCAAAACGCCGGCAACAUCGUGGUGAGCCGCGUCGACCCCCAGACGUUGGAGAUCCUGCGGAGUUGGGACACGGGGUAUCCCAAAAGGAGCGCCGGGGAGUCCUUCAUCAUCUGCGGGACCCUCUACGUCACCAACUCCCACCUCGCCGGCGCCAAGAUCUACUUCGCCUACUACACCAACACUUCCAGUUACGAGUACACGGAUAUUCCCUUCCAUAACCAGUAUUCCCACAUAUCCAUGCUGGACUACAACCCGCGGGAGAGGGUGCUCUACACCUGGAACAACGGCCACCAGGUCAUCUACAACGUCACCCUCUUCCACGUCAUAAAGACGUCGGGCGAGCUGUGA